AAUUCCCAAAUUGCCAUCCAUCCUCCCACUUUCUCCCCCCCGUGCUCCCCCUUCUCUCUUCAAUCCCCGGCCCUUUUCCCUCAUCCUCCUCUCUCCGAUCGAAACCCUAACCCUAGCCCUGAAUUCCAUCGCUCCUCUCACCGAUCCCUCCUCGAAGGAGCUUUUCUUCCUCAUCUGAUCGACCUUUUGUCGAUCUUGGAUUUGGGGAUUGAGCUAGGGUUAGGGAUGUAUAGAGGCAGCGGGUCGAAGCCGGAGCCUGGGCAGUUAGACCGGAAGCGGAUCAACGAUGCCCUAGAUAAGCAUCUGGAGAGGUCGUCGCCGUCGACCUCGAGGGGGUUGAAUGGUAAGGAGAAGGAGCGGCUCUCGGUGCCAUCGUCGUCGGCUGGAAAGCAUCACGACCACCGUGACCAGCGGCCUGCGUCUCUCUCCAAGAACAAGUGUUCCGAUGAAUCUGAGACUGACAGUGAAGGUUCAGACAUUAGUGGUUCUGAUGGAGAGGACACUUCUUGGAUUUCAUGGUUUUGUAACUUGAGAGGGAAUGAGUUCUUCUGUGAAGUGGACGAUGAGUAUAUACAAGAUGAUUUUAACCUAUGCGGGUUGAGCAGUCAAGUUCCUUACUAUGAUUAUGCUUUAGAUCUGAUAUUGGAUGUUGAAUCCUCUCAUGGUGACAUGUUCACUGAGGAACAAAAUGAGCUUGUUGAGUCAGCUGCAGAGAUGUUGUAUGGUCUGAUUCAUGUCCGAUACAUAUUAACUAGCAAAGGAAUGGCUGCAAUGCUGGACAAGUUUAAGAACUAUGAUUUUGGAAGAUGCCCUAGAGUUUACUGCUGUGGUCAGCCCUGCCUUCCUGUUGGUCAAUCUGACAUUCCUCGUUCAAGCACUGUGAAGAUUUACUGUCCCAAGUGUGAAGAUAUAUACUACCCAAGAUCCAAAUACCAAGGCAACAUUGAUGGGGCUUACUUCGGCACCACAUUUCCGCAUCUCUUCAUGAUGACAUACGGGCAUCUCAAGCCACAAAAGGCAUCUCAGCGAUAUGUUCCAAGAGUCUUCGGCUUCAAAAUCCACAAACCAUAAGGUUGCUCUUCAGCUCUCACUGCAUAACAACAUGCUUUGGGCCUCACAAUGCUGCUGAUAUAUCAUGGAGAAACCGCUCUCGAAGAGUAAGUUCCUGAUUUGCCGUCCUGUUCAUCGGUGGCAAGUGAUUUAAUGUGCUGACACAUAUCGUCGAAGGCUGUAUUGUCUUAUGUUAACUGUAGCGGAAGGUCUCCAAAGAAUACUCUUAUGUUUGACAUUCCAUUGCAAUGCUUUUUGUUCAUUUUAUUUAUUUUAGUUUCUGUCGCCUUUCCUAAAUUCCUUUCAUGCUUGUAUAUUACAAUGCUGCUGUACUGUGAAAUUUCCGUUAUUGAGCUUAAUGCUUUCUGUUAUUAUCAA